AUAGAUGAAUAUUAUUAAUUAUUAAUAAUAACAUAAUAAAAGGUAAAUUGAGCAAAUUUGUUAUUUCAGAUCAAACUGAAAACUGUGUAUUAAACUGGUAGCCCUUCACGUUAAUCAGUACCCAAGAAGUUGCUCUCACUUUCAAAAAGGUGGUGACCCCUGGUAUAAAACAUCACCUUUUAUAUUACUCAUUGUAACACAUUUGUCAUCUUUCAGGGUUGCUAUCAUCCAUAUUCACGGUAUAUUUAUCUUGUUCACUUGUUUGUACUUUUGUGUUUUGUUGAAUGUGAUGAAUUUCUGAAUGUUCUGCUGAGUUUGGGUUUAGCACAAAACUAAUAUUUUGAACAAAGAUUAUAUAUGCUUUAAAUUCAUGAAUGUUAUUUGCUUUACUGUCAUGCCACAAUGUCCAUUAUACACCAUAUUAGAGUCUCUGAAAAUCUGUCCAUCUGCAUAGAGAAAUCUAGAAAAAUUACAAUAUCAACAAAAUCAUACCUUGUGCUAUUUGUAGGUCUUAUCUUCUUCUUCUUCUUUCGGCUUCUCCAAUUAGGGGUCGCCACUGCUGAUCAUCCAUAUCUGUAAUCCCUGUGGCCCAUACACAAAUAAAAUAUAUAUAUAUAUGAUUGGAUAAUGUAUAUGCUGAUAUGACGUUUGAUGUUUGAUUGCAUCUCGAUUUUAUGUAAUAAUCUUGAUGGUCAAGCCAACAAUUUUACUUCUUCAAGAUAAUUCUGAAUUAAUGAAUUUAUUUCUGUUUAUUUAUUUUUUUACUUCAUGAAAGAAGCUGGUGAGAGAAUAAUUGGGAACAAGUUCUGAAGACAAAAAGAUGUUUAUGCCUUCCUAUAAAAAAAGCUAUGUGCGUCAAAAUUCAAAAGAAAAUGGUUUUAUAGAAUUUUAGUUAUUUACUUAUAAAAAGCAGGCCAUGUUGGGUUUUUAUUUCUAAAAAAAUCUUUUUCCAAUUCAAAUUCAUGUAAAAAAAAAAAAAAAAAGGCAAAUUCUGAACCCAUACCAGAAAAAAAGUGAAUUUCCCUUUCCUUUAUGAUGUUCUAAAGGUCAACAAUCAGAAACAAUGAUGAUCACACAAUGAAAACAGAAAGUAAAAGUAUGUACAGUAACAGGAAACAUAUACUAUAAUAAUAAUAAAAUAGUCAAGGUAGAGAAAUUAAUGCAUUUUCAAUACAUACAUAUAAAAUAUAGUGAAAAUAUUACAGUUAUAGAAAUGAUUGAAAGUAUAGUGGUAUUAAAACAUCAGAUUCCACCUUUAGUGUAUAAAACACAUAAUGAAUGUUCUGAGUUACACGUCUGCCUUCAGAGCACAUGAUGUGUAGGUGGUAAUCAAAUAUACGUUUAUAGUUGCUGAUGUUAGAGUUCAACACUGCUGAAUUAUAAUCACUUAAAUCAAGCCAAAUUAUUUCAAUCCUAAAACAGGCAUCAAAUUCAGGGUGUGUGUGAGUCUAUAAAAUCAAGUGUUACACAAAGCCGGCAGUGAGAGAGUUCAUACUGAUAAAGCAUUCAGUUAUUAAAAACAAAAGUGAAAGUGUGUUGUAUUUUUCCACUGUCAAACUGAUCAGUGCAGUGCAGAGCCGUGGAGCAGAAGCAGGUAACAUGGUUCACAAGUGUAAUGAGAACCCUGAGAAACCACAGAUGGAUCAGCCAGAACAGUCAAAGCCAAUGAAUACUGUACCAGAAGCUGAAAAGCCCAGUACAAGUUCAGAAGAUAAAACAAAUCAAAGGGAAACCUCAGAAGAUCAAAGGAUUGCUGAAAAUAUAAAACCUGUAUUGCUCGGAAACAAGUUCUUUAUUCAUGUAACCGGAAAAACAUUGAAUUCUCAUAAAGAAUUUAUGGAUCAGCUAAAAAAUAGCACACCCUGGCUGCAGGAGGUGGAAACAGUGGAUGAGUGUGAUUUCAUUCUGGUUUUCUGCCCUGUUGUGUCACGAGCUGGAACUGACAUUGAAGCAGCAGAGAAAAGUCUUUAUAAAAUUUCAGCCACAAAACCUGCUGUUCUGGUGGUGCUCCAUCACACCUCUGAUCCAGAGUGUGUAGUAUCAGACAGCAGCAGAGCUGCUAAAAGAGAGAAUAUGAUCACAUAUGACUGUCUGUUCCAUGAAGAUCAGGGAUUACUGCAAUGCAAGAGGAAUGCUGAUGUCAUUAACAAUAUUAAAACACAGAUAAAAACACAAACAAAGAUCCAGAACUCAAUCAUGGUCUCUACAAAGCGGCUUAAUUGGAAUAAUAAAAGUGAACAGAGAUCUUCUACACGUGGGUCGUCACAAUGGAUCUUCCGCAUGUUUGAUUUGAGAAGUUUCUUUCAGGAGACAACUUCUUUUAGCUAUUUGGGUAACUGUGUGCAGUUUGUGCGGUUCACGUUCCGUUUUCUAUUACGAUAUUUUUUUCCAUGUGAUUGCAGAAAGGACAAAAGCUUAGGAAAACAAAAAAAAAUGGAACAAGAUCUGGAGACGGAUGCGUAUGGAAAAUCUCCACUGAGGUUAGUGAUGUUGGGAAGAACGGACUCUGGAAAAAGUUCAGCAAGAAACAGCAUCCUGGGCAAAGAGGAGAAGAUCCAGGCUGCUGCAACUGCAGCUACAUCUACAUCCACCCAGCAGAGUGAGAGCACACAGGGGGAGGUGGCUGGGAAGAAGGUAAUUGUGGUGGAGACUCCUGACUGGUUCGCUCCUGGACUUUCUCUGGAGAAAGUAAGAGAAGAUGUAGAUCUCUGUGUCCAGAUGUCCUUUCCAGGACCCCAUGCCUUCCUCCUGGUCAUACCAGUGAGGCAUUACACAAACAAAGUUCAUAUAGAAGAUGAAUUAAAAGUGAUUAUUCCAAAGAUGGAGGAGAUGUUUGGGGAAAGAUGUUGCAGGAACACCAUAAUUCUUUUUACUGUUACUGAUGAACAUCAGAGAAAAAAUACUGAGAUUUUGAUCCAAUCAGAAAAUGAGGAGGUCCAGACCCUUUUAGAGAAAUGUGGGAACAGGUUUUUCUGUCUCAACAUUAAGGAGAGUGGAGGUGGUUCACAAGUUUCUGAGUUGUUUGAGAAGAUAGCGAAGAUGGUGAAAGGAAGUGAAACAUUCUAUAGCAGUGACAUUUAUCUGAAGACAUUUGCUUACAUUGGAAAGAUUGAGGAAAAGAUAAGUGAGAAAUUAAAGAAACUUGAUGCACCAGGGAAUAGAAUGAUAAUGAGAAAACCCAAAAAUCAGGCAAUGGAGCAACAUGUGAAACAACUCAACGAAAAUAUUGAGAUAGGAAGCCAGGAAGUGCAUGAAGACGUGGUCACCAUGGAGGCAGAGAGAGAAGAAAUGAAGAUUACCUUGCAUGAAAUGUGGAGAAGUAUGUUAACUGCUAGUAUGAAGAUGCAAGAAGAUUUCAGCAGACAGAUGGAUGAGAAUAAAAGGCAGAAUGAGGAGAGGGACAGAGAGUUUAAGAAAUAAAAAAGUACAAAAAAUGAAAACUGAAUAAAAAGUAUUUGAUUUUAAUUUUUCUUCAGGCAUAACAAUGAAAAUCAAAAACAUUUGUAUUCAGUUUAAAUUUUUUUUGUACUUUCACAAGUAAAGUGUAUUUCAUCUGUGUAAUGUUUAAUAAUAAACAGGUACAAUAAAGAAAACUGAAAAUUGCAUUGCAGUAAAGCUGUGUAUAGAAUAGAAUGCUACAAGCCCUGAAUUCUCAUUACAUUGUCUUUAUAUACAUAUAUAUACAUAUAUAUAUGUAUAUAUAUGUAUAUAUAUAUACAUAUAUAUACUUUGUUUCCCUGAAAAUAAGCCCUAGUUAAGAUCGUCAGCCGGGAGUACCAUAGGUCUGAUGCAAUACAUAAUGUAUUGAAUGUAUUGAUUAAUUACUGAUAAGUAUUCGUAAAUACCCAAGCAGAUGGCUUUGUGCAAGUAAUGAAGUGGAUGAUAUAUAGAUUUUUGUACCAUACAUAAACAAAUUUACUGAUAGAUUUUUGUACAUGAAAAGUAGACAUCACCCGAAAAUAAAACAUUUAUCUAAGACCUGGUCUUAUUUUCAGGGGAACACUGUGUAUAUAUAUAUAUAUAUAUAUAUAUAUAUAUAUAUAUAUAUAUAUAUAUAUAUAUAUAUAUAUAUAUAAUAUUUAAUUUGUUAAUGGUUGCAUAUAUAUGAGUUCUGUUUUUCCAAACUUUAACAUGUUUCCCAGUCCUUAACUUCCUCUCUCUACUCUACUUUCCAAGUCUUUUACUGUAUUCGUUUAUCUCAUAAUUAUAUAAUAUUGAUUGGAUAAUGUAUAUGCUGAUAUGAAGUUUGAUGUUUUUAUGUAAUAAACUUGAUGGUCAAACCAA